AUGGGGGAUGCGGCUGGCGCUGCGGAGCCGAAUGAGGGCGUUGAGGCCUUGGCAGUGGCAAAAAGCCAUUGCGGGCCUGCGCCCUGUGAGGCUGACAUGUGCAAUUGUUGUGUUUGUGGUGCUCAGUUCAAUGAGGCCAAUCGAAGUGGAACCCAUUUCAAGGAUCAUUGUAAUCAGUGCUCGCUCGACUUGCGUAACAUUCGCAAAGCAUGUGGCGACGACCUGGUGGAAGAUGAUGAUGAGGACACAACCAGUGGAAAGAAGGUUACCAUCAAGGCAUGGAUGAACCACCUUCAGAAAAACAAUUUGCAAGAAUACCGGGAAGUCUUUGGGCGUUUCAAAAAACAAACAUCUGGAGUGUCUGGUCGGGGCAAAAAGAAGGUUGAAGUUACGGGCGGCAGCAUUCUUCAGUUCAAAGAAGCUGAUGAACACCGACAACGCACAAGGCAAAGUGCCAACUUUGAACCGAUGACAAUGUCUAGGUACUGCCAAUACUUCACUGGUCAGGAAGUUUGCCCUGAAGACAGGCUUACCGAUGCAGAAGCGAAGUUAGCUUGGGUUCGAGAUCGAACUUCCGGUGACUUCGACAAGGAGCAAAUGAAGUUCUUGAAUAGAAAGACUGGUGAGUGGGAGGCUCGAGAAGUUCUUUGGAUCAAGAAGGAGAUUUCCAGAAGCAAGGAGGAAAUUGCUGACAAGGUGAAGUCGGCUGAGGUUAUUGAAAAAACAACCGAUGUCAACAAGAAGACUGUGGCUGCAGCCAAAGCUCGGCUUGGAGGGUUCUUGAAAUUUGAUGCGGACGAUCAGUUUUUCGAGAAGUCGAAGGCCACCCUUGUGGAUGUGGAUGAUGAAACAGAUUUUGUUUCAAGUGGAAAUGGAGCGAAGGGAAAGGCCAAAAUCAAAAUGGAGGUUGAGAAGAAGAAGAAAAAGGACACAAAAUGCGAUAUCCCAACCUUGAAGCUUCGUACCUCCUCUCGUUUGCUUCCUCACAUGCGCUUUUUGUCCACAGCCCUGAAAGAUGCGCAUGUCAAGUAUGAAAGUUUCAAGACCACAUUUGCUUCUAUCUAUGACAUCUUCGAGAAGGUCACGGAGUUGGGAAUCCUUCAUGAAGAUUCGGUUGAAAUUCACAAGUAUGCUGAUUCCGAUCAACUUGGCCUGAUCAAGUUGCUCUUCAGUGUGGAGCGCCGUUUCGGCUUGGUACAGACCAUCAGCUUGGGUUCCAAAGAAGAGGGUUUGUAUUGGCUGCCAGAGUUUGACGUGGACGACUGCAAGGACAAAAAACUUCGUGACUUUCAGGUGUUGCUAGCCUCGGACACCUAUCUCCAAGAGAACGCACCAUCUGUCCAGCCCUACAAGUAUUUCGAGCAGUUUGAUACUUCGAUUGCGCCUAUGACCACCAAAAGUGAAAUCACUGAGGCUUGGGAAAAUGCUGCUACAGCAGUGAAACACACCAAAGCAGUGAUUGCUUCAUUCAGAAAGUCAAUGAAAGACAUGGAGUCAACCAAGAGCUCACUCGACAAGGCCCGGCAAAGGUUCGAGGACCAACGAGAGAAACUCAACAAAGACACUGGGGCUGGGAGACUCGCUGGACGAACCAACCUGAAUGCCUUGCAGCUAUCAGAGACGGACUACCCGAUCAUCAGGGGCUUCAAGAUCUUCGCGGGCAAGCGAGAAAUGCCCAUCUACAAGAAUACACCGACAAUGCAAUUCAAUCAUCCCUUCGUGCUUCGGAAGGGCAGGACUGUGACUUCCGCUCUUCAGAAGGAGGAUGAUACCAAAAAAAUGCUUAGCCAAAUGCAGGAAGAAUUCCAGAAGAAGCUUGAAACUGGAAAGAAAGCAAGGGAAACGGCAUUGUUGGUGCCCAACGGAGAUGAUGAGAUCAGCACGUGUGAAAAGAUCAUUGAGAAACUCAAGGCAUAUCUUCCUACGGGGUGGGAGUCUAUGUUGGAGGAUUCCAAAGCACUGAGCGAGAUUGCCGGUGACGACCCGGGGUUGAUCACAGCUUCCAAGGAUUUGCUUGCAAUGGCAUUUCAAGGAGGGGUGAAAGGCACAACAUCCUUGGGAACCGAGAACCAUGGCAUAGGCACCUGGCGGGUGCAAUUGUCAGGCGGGCGGUUGAUUGCCAUGGCCAACGUGAAUGAGUGUCUUCAGCAUUUCAGGACCACCAAUAUCAAUGAAGCAAAGCAAUGCUUGUCACAGAUGGAUGCAUCUACAAUGCCUGAUGCUCUUGCUCUGCCAAGCCUCUACUUUGUGUACUUGCGGACUGGUGAUUGUCUACUGACACCAUCCGGGGUCUUAAUGGUCGACAAGGUCGUUGGGGACCAUUCGAUUGCUUUGAGGAUCAACAUGCUCUUGCCUUCGGAAGAGGGGGCACGGGGCAUCAAGACAGUUGCAUCUCAGACUUCUCAGGACGACGAUGAUGAGAUUGACAAUCCCCUCCCUCUGGAAGAUCAAGUCGAUGGGGAGAUUGUGAGACCUUUGGACGACAAGGCUGCCAAUGGCGGCAAGGUUGACAAGGAGGACAAGACCAAGGGCGACAAAACAGAAGAGGGUACUGUCCCACAUGUUGAGGUUCCGGCAGCACCGUCGGAUGACAAGGACAAGGAGGGGAAGACCAAUGACAGCGUACCUACUGUCCCUGAAACACCAGCACCAGCUGCUGCUUCAGCUGCGGAGGAGCCAGCACCGACAGAGAAGGAGACGUUGGAGGACACUAUGGCGGUGCAGGCAGACACGACAAAGGCACCAGCACCAGCUGCUGCUUCAGCUGCGGAGGAACCAGCACCGACAGAGAAAGAGACGUUGGAGGACACUAUGGCGGUGCAGGCAGACAUGACAAAGGCCGUUCAUGAUGCCCCUACUGCUGCACCAUCAGUUGAGACUUUGCCGGAGAAGGCAGCAGUCACAGCUCCAGCUCCCUCUUCGACUCCCGCGAGCGACGUGGAGUUGACGGCCGAACCAAAUGACAAGAACGACAAGGAAGAGGACCAUGAGGAAUCAUUGGAGCCCACAAGCUCCAAGCGCCAAAAGAUUGCAAGCCCUGAGAAGAGGAGCGAACCUGGUACUCGUACAACUUCCAAAGGGCGAAAGGAAGCAAGCAAGCCGUCUGAGGCAGAUGAUGUCAAGUCCCCACCCAAAAAGAAGAGAAAGGAGAAGGCGGAGAAGGGGUCCAAGGACGCAAAAAGAGAAUUUCAAAACCCAAAGACAAACCACAAGGCCAAGGUCGAGAUCGAAGGACAGCUGUCCAUGAGUGCUGGUUUAGUAGUUGGGGGGCCUGCCAGAUCUGCCAACCCCAAGCGAAAAGCCAGUGCCAAAGUUUUGGCCCGUCCAGCAGCCAAGCGAGUCAAGCGACCAAAGAAAAGACAUGACAAUGACGGUGACAAUGAAGAGCAAAAUGAGAAAGUGAGUGGCGAUGAUGCUAGUAAGGUGGGAGCUUCAGCAGCUGCCGCUACUUCAUCCAGUUCAUCCAGUUCAAGUUCAACUUCGAACGAUGAUGAAGAUGAUCACGAUGCGAAGAAGGAUGCACACUCAGACACAGAUGAGAAUGAUGAGAAGCCCGGUCCAAGCUCUAUCUCAGGACCAGCCCCAGUGAAUUGCACACUCAAGGCCGAUGACUCAGAAUCAGACGACGACUUGGACUUAGAACUCCACACGACAGUGCAAGCUGGGGCAACACGCUCUUUGAAAGAUGUGUUCCAGCACCACUUCCACACUAUUGACCGCAUCCAUCAGUGCUUUGGGACGGAAACCUUACAAAAUAUGUCCAAGAACGUGGGCAACCUUCGUGUGGCUUCUUUGUACUCUGGACUUGGGGGAGCAGAACUGAGCUGUGCAUUGGUGCACAAAGCGUUGGAGAAGGAGGCUACUGUGCCUCCUGACAGCAUCAUUUCUGAUCUCAAAAAGUUUGUCUCCCCGGAGUGCAUUGAAGCUCUGGAGAAAACAGUGGAGGACGCAAAGUCACAAAUGAUGAGUGAUCGGGAAAAGAAAAACAAUGAUGAUACUGAUGAUGCAAAGUCCAAGUCCAAGGGCGGCGAUAAGGACCAAAAAAAGAAAGAGAAACAAAAAAAACCCUCGUUGAGUGACCUCAAAAAAGUGGCAGCCAAUUUGGUCAAGAGCCUCCUGUCAGUCAUCGAAAAGAAUGGAGGCGUCAAAGACGUUAUCUAUGUUUCCUUGAACGACCUCUUCAAGGGCAGGAACCUUGAGGAUGAAGUCAUCAGUUUGCUGAUGGCGGGAAGUACAUGCAAAGACUGGAGCAGCGUCGGAAAGAUGCGUGGCUUUUUCGGACUGCACACCAUUGCUUUCGUGCUUAUGGUGGCGGUGGUUCGCAAAUUAAGGCAUGACUACAAGUUGGCCUACGACUUUGACAACCAUUUUUUCCGUUUGAAGCGACUGGUCUCACCAGAUGUAGAUUGCGGAAUUUUUGCGAUUGCAGAAGAGCAAGAGGAGCUGCUGACAUGUCAAGGAAUUCCAGUACACAAUUCCACCUUGACUUACGCGGGCUUUGUGAGUGAGGAUGCUAGCAGAAGCAAUGAUCAAGAUCAGCAGCACCUUUUGACCUUCAAAGAUGUUGGUGCAGCAGCCAUCCGCAAAAUGGCUGGCAACACUUUUAAUUUGU